AUGGAUUUUUGUACAAAUUUACCGAUCCCUCAGAUCUCCUCUGCACAUAGAGCUUCCCUGGUCUCCGCCGUCACGGAGGAAGAAGUGUCUAAAGCUAUCCCAACCCUGAUGGCUUUACCUCAGACUAUUACAAACUGCUUGCUCCCUAAAUUGCCAUCUUAUUUUAAUUCUGCUUUAUUGAGGGUGAUUCCUAAACCGGGACGAGAGCUGUCUGAUUCUGGAUCCUACCGCCUGAUUUCCCUCCUGAGUAUUGAUUACAAGAUGCUGACGAAGAUCCUGGCAGAACAUUUAAAAUUGAUUCUGCCCCAGGUGUUGCACCAGGAUCAGACAGGUUUCAUUAUGGCACGAAACCUGCUAGUAAAUAUUAGAAGAGUUUUGGCGAUGGCUGACCUGCAACAAGAACACCAAAGGGAAAUAGAGGGGUUAUUGGAGAAUAUCAGACAACUGAGUCGGGAACUUCGACUUCAAAUGAUCAUCAUCGAUAGCUUUAUUCCUCAAGAAUAUCAGGACAUGAUUGAAAAUUAUGUCCACUGGAACGAAGAUAUUGGUGAAUGGCAACUGAAAUGUGUAGCCUACACUGGAAACAAUAUGAGAAAGCAAACUCCUGUACCGGACAAGAAAGAAAAGGACCCUUUUGAAGUGGACUUGUCCCAUGUGUACUUGGCUUAUACUGAGGAGAGUCUACGUCAGUCCUUAAUGAAGUUAGAGAGACCAAGGACAUCUAAAGGAAAAUCAAGACCCAAAACUGGUAGAAGGAAGCGUUCAGCGAAACCAGAAGCCGUAAUUGAUUCAUUACUGCAGUAGAGGUUUACUAUAUUGGACUGUGAAAAGCUUUCUGUGUUGGUGUAAUAAAAGUCUAAAACUGAAUUGUUUACUGCAAUGUAAAACGGUUUAUGGCCGAUUUUCAAGACGAACCAUUUUAAAUCUGUGUAGGAUGUUUUAUGUUUUGCUGAAAGACGGUUGCACCUUUGAUAUACUUGUCUUGCUAUGGUAUCGUGGAAUGUCUCACUCUCAUAAUAAGUGCUUAAUGGCUUUUAAAGUUUCAUUUGCCAACAGCUGACUUUUUCAUCCUUUAUCCUACCAGCUACAAGUAAUAUUUAAAAUAUAAUUCCAUUUUAAUCAAGCUCUACUGUAUUCUGCUAUGUGCAAUCCUGUUAUAAACAUGCACCGGCUGUACAUCGAGCACAUUGGGACAAAUACUUGGAGCUCAGUUUGUGAAACUCUGAUCUACACCUAAUAGUAAUCUCUUGAAGCCCAGACCUUGUUAUGUAAAGUAGGGGUAGACCAACUGUGAGAUUCCAGCCAUUGUGACAUUCCCAGAAAGUUACUUCCUAUGGCUACAAGUUUAUUAGCAUCAACGUUUCCUGUUCUCUUCCUAAUACUGUAUAUUGUACGUUAAUUGACACAUUGUUGUGUAUGUGGGUUUGUAGAUUUUUUUUUUUUAUCCUGAUAAUGUUACUAAAAUCACAUUUAAAUGCAAAUCUAGAAUCUUCCCUAAAAUCUGUUCAGAAAAGUACGUUUUUAGUAUAGUAAAAUAUUUGUCACUUUGCACAGUGAUAAAGUGAUUUGUGGUUUUCUUUCAAAUUGUUUUAUUAAGAAGAACAUGUGACCUAAUUGUUCUAUUUCUUCUGUUAUUACCAUUUCUGUUUCUGUUACUUGACAACAAAUCUUCAUGCUUAAAAUGUCCCUAACUGUCGCACAACCCUCUCCCUAAUAAUAUCACCCUGGCCCACCCCUUGUAACGUCAGUCACAAAUCCAUCUGGACCUUGCUAUUGUGUGUCCUAUGUUUUUACAUGAUAACUAAUAACAUAGAUGACUUUGCACAUUGUAGAACAGUGGUUCUUAAACUUUUUAAGUUGAGCUUAAAAAGUUUUUCAAGGAGCAACGUUGUGUUAUCAGCCUUCAUUGUAUAAUGUCCUCUUGUAUAAAUCAAAGAGGCAUAUUUACUAAUUGGCAGUUUUGCCUACUGGAUUUAAAACGGCAAUAAUAUUAUAUGCAAAACCAGGUGUGUUUAUAGUUCAUAUUACAGGUUGAGUAUCCCAUAUCCAAAUAUUCCGAAAUACGGAAUAUUCCGAAAUACGGACUUUUUUGAGUGAGAGUGAGAUAGUGAAACCUUUGUUUUUUGAUGGCUCAAUGUACACAAACUUUGUUUAAUACACAAAGUUAUUAAUAAUAUUGUAUUAAAUGACCUUCAGGCUGUGUAUAUAAGGUGUAUAUGAAACAUAAAUGAAUUGUGUGAAUGUAGACACACUUUGUUUAAUGCACAAAGUUAUAAAAAAUAUUGGCUAAAAUUACUUUCAGGCUGUGUGUAUAAGGUGUAUAUGUAACAUAAAUGCAUUCUGUGCUUAGAUUUAGGUCCCAUCACCAUGAUAUCUCAUUAUGGUAUCUAAUUAUUCCAAAAUACGGAAAAAUCCGAUAUCCAAAAUACCUCUGGUCCCAAGCAUUUUGGAUAAGGGAUAGUCAACCUGUAUUGCCAUUUUAAAUUCUGCAGACAAAACUGACACUAGUAGUUGCGGCUCUGAAAAGACGCCGUUUAGUAAAUAUACCCCAAAGAGCCACCUGUAUACAUUCAAGUUACCCAUGUGUUCAUAGCAGUACUCCUUUCAGGCAACGAUGAUAAAAAUAUUAUUUUGGUACAAUUGAUCACUUUACUGUAUUACUUAAACAGUUAUACAAAGUACGUCUUCACUAAAAUGACCCCAUACUUCUAUCUGACUCAACUGCUCAGUAUAAACCACUGAAUUAAAGCAUGUACUUAAAUGAUUAUAUCACCAAUAAAAUGUUAUUUUACACUUGCAUUAUAGAUAACACAAUAGAAUCCUCAAUAUCCUUACACAUUAUAUUUAUUUAAUGUAUAUUUGUGUGUAUACUUUAUGCCCUGAUGUACAGUUUUUUUAAUUGUAUUUUUAUGUUUGUGAAUAUAGCUUAAAACAAAUAGUGGACUGUGUGUUUGGUUUGUUUUGUCUUGUAACAUUUACAUUUCACAAAUAAUGUCUUAGCUUACUGAUUGUAAAGGGAAUGGUUUAUAAGAAUUCAUGUAGCUCAGGAUUUUAGUGAUGUGUAUUCAAAAUGUUAUUUGACUGUAUUGUUGCCUGCCCGAGGAUCUGGGAAAGGGACCCAACUACACUUGUUAUAGUUAAAAAAAAAAAAAAAAAAAAAUUCAAAUAGGAGUGUAAAGCCCCGUACACACAGGGAGAUCUCCCCAGAGAUUUGUGCUGAGCGAUCUAGCACCAACGCACAGCACACAUCUCUCCCCCGCUCAGCACAGCGCAAUGUGUGCUGAGUGAGGGGGGUGGGGGUGCUCACUUCACCCAGCGGUGAAAUGAGCGAUGUGCUAGAUUGUGCCUGCAUGCAGGCCAAUCUAGCACCGACGAUAGCGACACACGGAGCCGGGCAACGCUAUCACUGUGGGGCAUACACACGGAGAGAUCCGUGCUUAACUUCUAAGCAAUCUCCUUAACAUAUCUGCCUUUCACUUUAUCAGGUCUGUAGUUUUCACAGUGUUCAUUGUUUCCUGCAACUUGAACCACUUGUGUCCUGGAAAGAGAUCCAGCAUUUCAUGUGCAGAUGUAGCAGAUACAGAGACUGAGCUUAUUACUAAAGCCAGCUAGCCUGGAGCCAAUAUUUCAUAGGACAUGGUGUACUUUGCUUUCAAAUAGCUUCAUUCAUUCAGAGCUAGGGAAGUCAUGCCCAUUGUGCCAUACCUAAACGCAACUAUGUAGCAUGCAGUCUUCAAUAUUUGGAUACUAGUGGUAAGCUUUCUUUUGCACUUCUAGAGUAGAGAUUGGUUGAAAUCCAUCCAUACUGGAUGCGGUCAAGAUCCUGCCGGACGGAAUACCGACACCGGGAUCCCGACCGGCACAAUCCCGACAUAUUCUCCCUCUGUGGGUGUCCACGACACCCAUAGAGGGAGAAUAAAUUAGUGUGCCGAGCGCAGCAAGCCCGCAAGGGGCUGCGUUGCACUCGCCCCCCUGUGGGGAUUGUGCCGGUCGGGAUCCUGGUGUCAGUAUUUUGACCGCUGGGAUUCCAUCCGGUGGGAUCUAGUACUGAUCCCAUCCAUACAUUGUAGCUCAAGGAGGAUUAUCACUAUAACCAAAUUUCAGAUUUUGUGCUACAGCCUUAUUAUUUGGUAAGGGGGCUGUAACCGUUAUGUGAUUUACUAUUACUGCUACAGUAUGUGGCGACACUCCUGGCAGCAUGGUCCAUCCAAAACCGUUUCCUGUGUGAGUCUGACUCUAUUUAAAAUAAACUCUACAUGUAUUGUAAAA